UCCGGUAACUUCUGGUGCCGCGGUGCGCAGCGGGGCAGACGCCAGAGUCCGGCCGGGAGGCGGGUCGCCAUGCCCUACGCCAACCAGCCCACCGUCCGAAUCACGGAGCUUACCGACGAGAAUGUCAAAUUCAUCAUCGAGAAUACGGACCUAGCGGUGGCCAAUUCUAUUCGGAGAGUCUUCAUCGCUGAGGUGCCCAUAAUAGCCAUCGACUGGGUUCAGAUCGAUGCCAACUCCUCAGUGCUUCACGACGAGUUCAUCGCUCACAGGCUUGGAUUAAUCCCCCUCACCAGCGAUGACAUCGUGGACAAGCUGCAGUACUCCCGGGACUGCACGUGUGAGGAGUUCUGCCCCGAGUGCUCGGUGGAGUUCACUCUCGACGUGCGGUGCAACGAAGACCAGACUCGUCACGUCACGUCCCGAGACCUCAUCUCCAACAGCCCCCGGGUCAUCCCGGUGACAUCCCGGAACCGAGACAACGACCCCAACGAUUACGUGGAGCAGGAUGACAUCCUCAUCGUCAAGCUGCGGAAGGGCCAGGAGCUGAGGCUGCGCGCCUACGCCAAAAAGGGCUUUGGCAAGGAGCACGCAAAGUGGAACCCGACCGCAGGGGUGGCUUUCGAAUAUGACCCCGACAAUGCCCUGAGGCACACGGUGUACCCCAAGCCAGAGGAAUGGCCAAAGAGCGAGUACUCGGAGCUGGAUGAGGAUGAGUCACAGGCGCCCUAUGACCCCAACGGCAAGCCCGAGAGGUUUUACUACAACGUGGAGUCCUGCGGCUCCCUGCGCCCUGAAACCAUCGUGCUCUCCGCCCUCUCUGGACUGAAGAAGAAGCUGAGUGACUUACAGACCCAGCUGAGCCACGAGAUCCAGAGUGACGUCCUAACCAUAAACUAGCUGCGGCUCGCCUGCUCCGGCGCGGAGGGAUCCGGGCUGCGUCGCAGGUCUGUCCCUAGAUGCCUCGCUUCCAGGUCUGGGCAGCGGUCACUUACCCUCCUUGGCAGCCAUCGGUACCCGCCAGAGAGGCCGCGGUGGGGAAGGCAGGCCCGUCCCAGCCUUGCUUGGUCACAGAGAGACCGCCAGGGUGACGCUGGUAUCCGGGGCAGGGCAGUCUUUUCUCGGACACUCAGCAUCCCUGGCCCCCCGCCUGCUGAUUGCCCGCCCUCUCCCCGGAACCCAGACCCCCUCCCCCGUUGCUGAACCGGCCUGUAGGGGUCGCACUGCUUCCCUGUUGAAAACAACUGAGCUGGACCCUCCUCUGGUCAUUUCAGGUUUGGUUUUUGUCCAAAAGUUGGCAUUUUCAGUCGUACCUUAGGUUUCUGGUGUUAGGGGUGAGUGCGCGAACUCUCAUUCAGGCUGCCUGCAAACCCAGGGCCCUCCUGCUGAUACGUCACUCAGGUUCCCGAGUGUCCUAACUUGAGAACAGUGUUAGACCCUGGUUGGCCCCCCCCCCCAAUAAACCCUGUAUUUCACUCUCUGCCCCUGAGUUAGGACUUCACUGCCAGCGGUCCGUUUAGUUUGGGGUGGACGGGAGGGGAGUGCAAGGACCUGUGUCCUGUAGGGAGGAGCGCACCAAGGCGGUCAAUUAGGCAGUCUGGGGGGAGGGGUCUGGAGAUGACGGCAAUACAGUCCAGAAAGGAAGUGAUAUUUAUUAACAGUAGAGUUUUUAUUUUUGGCAAUAAAGAGCACAACAUAAUCUCCUUCAUGCGUCAUCGUGCCACUAGCUGAGCCAGCCAGCUCUGCCUGCCUCCCCGAGGCCUUGGUCCAGGCUGUGGUCGGGCUGGAUGUUCCUCUCGACCGUCCUCCCCCGGGGCAGCCUCAGGGUGGGCGGAGCUGGCCGCGGCCCCUCCCCGGCUCCAGGGCUCUGCUGCGGGAGCCAGUGCUUCCUCGUCCUCCUGCCACAACUCGGGUAGUGGUUAUUUACAUCAAGGUAACAAGGUCUGUUCCCACAAAUCAGAACCCUAAAGUAUUUAUUAAAAAAAAAAACAAACCAUACACGCAACCGUAGGUUCGGUGUGGAUAGAAAGAUAGCCCUUCUGCCCAGCAGUCAAUAAAUACCAGCACUAGAAAAUCA